AUGUCAGCACAACAACCAAAUUUUUAUUUACUACAACUGGCUGUCAACGUAUCUUUAAAUUCUCAAAUAGAAAUAACAAAGAUGAGCAAAAGCAAGCUGUCUCGAAGAAAAAAUGUCAAUGAAAUUGAUAAAACAGUUGAGAUACACGAAAGUUUUUGGAAAUGUUUUGAGGAAGUUGCUAUAGAAAAUACGCACACAGAUAAAGAUGUUGAACAGAAAAGUUCAACAGCAAAUGAAAUUGAUUCAUUUAUGAAAACUGUUCGCUUUGAUCGGCAAGCAGACCCUUACAAUUGGUGGUCAGCUAAUGCAAAACAAUAUCCAAGUCUAGCUGAAUUUGCUAAUAUUUACUUAUCAUCUCCAAAUAAUAGUGCAUAUAGUAAGCGGCUAUUUUCGGAAACAGGGAUAAUUUACGAGGAAAAGCGGAAUCGUUUGCUUUCAACUAGUGCCAAAAAAAUUAUGUCUAAAAGUAAAAAAAGGUCAUACUUAGAUGAAUACAUGAGAUAUGGAUUUACCUACAUGCUUAAAGAAACCAUUAGCUACCCACAGUGUGUUAUUUGUUAUAAAGUACUAGGAAAUGACUCUAUGAAACCUUCAAAGCUUGCUAUUCACUUGAAUAAGUGCCAUCCUGAUCUCCAAACAAAAGAUACUGAUUUUUUCAAAAGAAAAUUUGAAUCACUGAAGAGAUGCAAAUUGGAUAAAACUGGGAUUAUUUACCAAACUCAACAGAAUAUAGUAGAAGCAUCCUAUAAGGUUUCAUAUAUAAUAGCACAGAACAAAAAAGCUCACACAUUGGCUGAAGAAGUUAUACUUCCAUGUACAAAAGAAAUCGUUAGAUUAUUAUUUGGAGAAGAAGCUGCAAAGAAGGUAGAUAAUAUAUCUUUAUCAAAUACUACAGUCAAACGAAGGCUAACGGAUAUUUCAUCAAACAUUAAAGAAAAUGUUAUUAAUGAAAUUAAAGAAUCCCCAUAUUUUUCUAUUCAGUUGGAUGAGUCCACAGAUUUUUUCAAUGACAAUCAAUUACAAUGGAAAUAUUUGUUUGGAAUUACUACUGAUGGAGCUCCUGCCAUGAUGGGUUGUAAGUCUGGAUUACAGACUAGGGUGAAAGAGAUUGCUCCAAAUGUAGUUGGUGUACACUGUUUUAUUCAUAGACAGGCUUUGGCAACCAAAACUUUACCAGGUAGUUUGAAAACUGUAUUUAAUCAAUUAGUCAAGUUGGUCAAUUAUAUAAAAUCUUCUGCUCUUAACACUCACCUUUUUACAAAAUUUUGCUCUGACCUAAAUGCUGAACACAACAAGUUAUUGUUUUAUACUUCUGUGCGAUGGCUAUCUGCUGGAAAUUUUUUGGAAAGAUUUUUCAUGCUUAGAAAUGAAGGGAAAGAAUUUUUAUGUCAAAUGAAAAGUGGACUGGUAGAAUAUUUUGAAUUUGAUAAUUUUGAAAUAACAACUGCUUAUCUUGUGGACAUCGUAGGUCAUUUUAACAAGUUAAAUUUGCAACUUCAAGGCAAAAAUGCUAAUGUUAUUACACAUUCAGAUAAACUGAAGGCAUUUAUUGAAAAGCUCAAACUGUACAAGACUAGAAUUAAUAAUGGAAACUUGAUCAUGUUUCAAAAUUUAAAUAACAUAAUUGGAGUUAACAUGCUUCCUGAAGUUAUAAAGACAGAAAUAGUUUGUCACCUAGAUAAUUUGAUUACUGAAUUUGGUAACUAUUUUCCAGAUAUGAAUCUUUUGAGCAGUGAAGGUAUUAUAUCACCAUUUUCUUGUGAUGUGAAAAAUGUGAAAGAGGAAGCACAAGAAGAGUUUAUAGAGUUAAAGAAUGAUACCACGGCUAAGGAUCACUUCAAAGUAGCACCAUUAAAUAACUUCUGGUUGAAAAUGAGGAAUUCAUAUCCAUUGUGUUCAUCAAUUCCACUUAAAGCCCUUAUUCCUUUUUCAACAUCAUAUUUGUGUGAAGCCGGGUUUUCAGCAAUGCUAUCUCUUAAAGCAAAAAAAAGAAAUAGACUUGAUAUUGAUGCAGAUAUUAGAUGUGCUCUAUCAAAAACUAAACCAAAUUUUCAGAUAUUAAUUGCUAGUAAGCAGUGUCAGAAUUCACACUGA